GUGACCAAACGAACCCUAACUCGGAUUAAGAAUUCCCAUCAAAUCCUCUUCUAUACUCUCUGCGUUUCUGGUUUAUCUGUUCACUCAUACGCCAUUAGAUCUCACUCUCUGAACACAACAUUAACACCUUCUUCCUUCUCGCUUCUCACUUCUCACUUCUUCAGAUAUAUGUGAAGAUAAAUCCUAGUAUGGAAAAUAAAUUUGGGCAAGUAAAGAAGCUAGUUCACAAAGUAGGAUUCAUUUUGGAGUUUGCACAAAUUUUGUCUACAAGAAACUAGGUUGUUUUAGCAAGGAAUCUUUUGUGCUAUUUUGUAUACAUGACAGAGAAGAUGGUGCUGUUACUAGUUUAUUACAGGUUUAAGCUGUUGAUUGUUACCGCGUAGAAGUUAUUGAAACCUAAAAACAGCUAAGUAAAUAUUUAAUGUAUGGAAGACCACAAUUUUGUUGUUGGUCAAGAAUUCCCCGAUGUGAAGGCAUUUCGGAAUGCGAUUAAAGAAGCUGCUAUUGCACAGCAUUUUGAGCUUCGGAUUAUUAAAAGUGACCUGAUUCGGUACUUUGCUAAGUGUGCAUCCGAUGGCUGUCCAUGGCGGAUUCGUGCUGUUAAGCUUCCCAAUGCCUCAACGUUUACCAUAAGAAGUCUUGAAGGGACACAUACUUGUGGGAGAAAUGCACUCAAUGGGCACCAUCAGGCUUCUGUUGAUUGGAUUGUGAGUUUUAUAGAAGAAAGGUUACGAGAUAACAUCAAUUAUAAACCAAAAGAUAUUUUACAUGACAUCCAUAAGCAAUAUGGUAUAACGAUACCAUAUAAGCAAGCUUGGCGUGCAAAGGAACGGGGCCUUGCAGCAAUAUAUGGCUCUUCUGAAGAAGGGUAUUACCUACUUCCUUCGUACUGUGAAGAAAUAAAGAGAACAAAUCCUGGAAGUGUUGCAGAGGUGUUUACCACUGGUGCAGAUAACCGUUUUCAGAGACUUUUUGUUUCCUUUUACGCAUCAAUUCAUGGUUUUGUUAAUGGAUGUUUGCCCAUUAUUGCUCUUGGCGGAAUCCAGCUGAAAAGUAAAUAUCUCAGCACAUUCCUUUCAGCAACUUCUUUUGAUGCUGAUGGUGGGUUGUUUCCACUUGCUUUCGCUGUCGUCGAUGUAGAAAAUGAUGACAGCUGGACAUGGUUCCUGUCUGAGUUGCAUAACGCACUAGCGGUGAAUAUUGAUUCGCCGCAGAUUAUAUUUAUAUCUGAUGGUCAAAAGGGUAUUGUGGAUGCAAUAAGAAUGAAGUUCCCAAAAUCUUUUCAUGCAUUCUGCAUGCGUCACUUAAGUGAAAGCAUUGGCAAAGAGUUCAAGAACUCUAGGCUUAUUCAUCUUCUAUGGAAGGCUGCAUAUGCUACUACAACUAUUGCAUUCAAAGAAAAAAUGGCUGAAAUAGAGGAGGUAUCUCCCGAAGCCGCCAAAUGGUUACGGCAAUUUCAUCCUUCCGAAUGGGCCCUAGCAUAUUUUGAAGGGACAAGAUAUGGUCACUUAUCCUCUAAUAUUGAGGAGUUCAAUAAAUGGAUUCUUGAAGCCCGGGAGUUGCCAAUCGUCCAGGUGAUUGAGCUGAUUCAUAGCAAACUUAAAACCGAGUUGGAUGACAGGCGUUUGAAAAGUAGUUCGUGGUGUUCUGUGCUUGCUCCAUCUGCUGAGAGGCGAAUGGUUGAAGCCAUUAAUCGUGCAUCCACAUAUCAAGCCCUUAGAUCAGAUGAGGUAGAGUUUGAGGUUAUUUCAGCUGAUCGAUCCGAUAUUGUAAAUAUUGGCAGCCAUAGCUGUUCCUGCCGUGAUUGGCAGCUAUAUGGGAUACCGUGUUCGCACGCUGUUGCUGCUCUUAUGUCAUGUCAUAAGGACGUCUAUGCAUAUACUGCCAAGUGUUUUACUGCUGCAAGUUACAAUGAUACCUAUGCAGAGGUGUUACACCCCAUCCCUGGAAAACAUGAAAGGAAGAAAACAGAUGAAUCUAUCUUGGAUGAUGAUAUCGUAGUUGUACGACCACCAAAAUUUCGCCGACCUCCUGGGAGACCGGAAAAGAAACGAAUUUGCGUGGAGGAGCAUAAUCGCGACAAACAUACAGUGCAUUGUAGUCGAUGUAAUCAAACUGGGCAUUACAAGACAACAUGCAAAGCAGAGAUGAUUAAUAGUAUAGAACAGUUUUAGUUGUCUGAUUUUGUACCAUGUAGAAGAUCUAGUUUAUUAAUUAGUAUAUGUUUAGGACACAUAUUAUUCAGAUCAUGUAAGAUAGGUAUACAAUGAUAUUAAAUCCACUGGUGUAUGAGAAAUAAAGUUUUGGACAUUGUAGGUUUGUAAUCAGAAGCUACUGAAGCCUGAAUAUAGGGAGGGUGGAAAAUAAUCCUCCCACGCAAUGCAUGUAUUUUUUAAUUCUUGUUGCACAAAAUCUGGUUGAUUCAGUUUUUAGUUUUUACCUCACUUUUGUACGCAAGACUAUUAGCAGAGUUGGAAGUUUUGGAACCA